AUGACUUUUCCCCGACGCUCCAACUCCCUGGGUCUCACCAGAGCCUUUUCCAGUUUGCUCUCCUCAAAGCACUUUAGCAAUUACAAUGCUAUGCAUACAGAACUUCCUAUGGAGUAUUUGGCCCGGAAAAUUUCAGCCAAAGGCACGCUAGUCUUGCCUCUCAAUGAACGCAAUUCCGUCCCAGGACCGAUUCCUUCGCAUAGACGCAGUCUAGAAAGGCGUCACUUCAAGCAUCCUCUCGUCUCUAUUGCGCCACUCAUCUCAAAUCACCUGCCUUUUCAUCAUUUCGACGAAGUCUGUCUUUCGGAUCCGCCCCCUGCAGGUACUGUCAGUGUCUAUGGUAACCAUUUGGCCACAAUCCACUUCGCUUGCGUCGAAUCUCCUGAGGUGAAUCACAGCAUGAGCACCAGUUUAAAACAACUUGAAGGAGACGAUUCUGCACAAACUGCAUCCUCUCAAGAAGCUCCGAUCUUUGCCGUCCAUGGGUCGUCUUCUACCCGGACCAAAACGUCUAUUCCUGGAGCAAAGUUGCCCCUGCCACCCUCUACUGCUCCUGCUUCAAAAAAACGAAGUCCGGACGACUGUUUAAGUCCCAGAUCCAAGGUCAGUGGUUGCAGCAGACAGAAUGGCACCAGUGGUAGUGCCAAUGCUGAAGGAGUGGAUGGAAUUGUUGCGGGAUCUGCCACAUGCCUACUGGCCAGUCGACGGAACUCGAAACCUACUGUCUGUACUGUGGAUCCUGCUGUCCUUGUGAAGGCAAAGAGUGUUGCAGAUGAAGCAAUCAAGAAAAACAAGAUCUUCGCCGUUCUUGGACCCUAUCGCCACAUUCGAGAGGGCAUGCGUCGACGGGGAUGGGUGGAGAAGUUCUAUCGAGCACCCCUUUUCACAAUUGAUGAACGUGUACUGGUCCUACUUAGUCCUAGUAGCCAGACAGCUGAAAACGCGGCUUCUACCAAAGAAUGCACCGAUGAAGACGUUGAUACCGUUCCUGAGGAGAAGAUUUCAACUACUGUAAGCGGCAGACGCCCUCUACCUUGGGAGGAAAAUAAUGGAUUUUACGGUCUUUUGGGCAGGAAUGUGAGGAACGCAGUGCCAAAUUUCAUCUGGUCAUUAAAGAAGGCGAAUAUUGACUUUCGUAUUCUACGACCCAAUCAAUUGGUCAAUCAUCAUAUAAAGGCCCCAUUUACAACCAAAAUUGGGUUGUGUCGACAACUGCGACACUAUGGCCAGCACAGUGAGAAGAAUGAAGACUACAUCUUUCCUCGGUGCUUUAUUGUCUCGUUGGAGGAGGAGCGUACACGGUUCAUUGGGGAAUUCCGUCUAACCGCCGCUAUGUGCAUGUUGAAAUGGGCCUGCAAUUACUACAGCACUCCACCGCGUUUUAUGAGCGCUAAGCUGGAUUCAAAGAUCCCCGUGAGACCGGCGGGGAACAAGGCCAGGGUUGCCAACGGAAGGGAAGGCAUAACCCCCACCACGGCUGUUUCCAUGGCCCUGUUAGUGUGUGAGCAUUUUCUGCAUACCAAGCGCCGGGAUGGCUCGGAAGUGCCUUCACUGGUUUUUACGGAUUCACAAUGGGAGUCCUUCCUUACCUGCUUUUACGCUACUCACGGACGCUCUUCACCGUUUACCAAAGAAGAAGAAAUCACUCGACAGAGUAGGCGACUUUGCGAUUCCCUAAAGACCUACUGUCCUCAAUUCGAGCUAGAUGGACAAAGGAAUAUUUGGAUUGUAAAACCAGGCUCAAAAUCACGUGGAAGAGGUAUAACCUGUCAUUCGAACAUCGAGACGAUUCUCACUGUAGCACCGAGCGGUGGCAGUGUAGAUAAUAGAUUCGUGGUGCAAAAGUACAUCGAACGUCCUCUUCUAGUAUACAACACGAAGUUUGACAUUCGACAAUGGUUCCUGAUAUCCGAUUGGCAACCCUUAACUAUUUGGUGGUAUAAGGAGUGUUACCUACGAUUUUGUUCUCGCGAAUUCACUCUGGAUAGCCUUGGCGUAGACGUUCAUCUUUCAAACAACGCAGUCUCCCAAAAGUUUAAAAAUGGUGAAAGGUCUCCUCUACUACCCACAGAAAACAUGUGGUACAUGGAUGAGUUCCGACAUUAUUUGGAAAACUUGGGUCACAGACAUGUCUGGGAGCGAAGAAUAUUGCCGGAGAUGCAGAAGGAAAUUAUCAACUCAAUGCUCUGCUCUCAGGACGCGAUUGAUCCUCGAAAGGUGAGGUGGGAAAUCUCUUCUCCUUUGCCUCCUCCUUUGCCCCUGCCUUCUCCUCCUUUCCUGCUCAAAGGCAAAGAGGCAGAGGCAGAUGAGCAGGAGAAGGAGGGGGAAUAA